CAAGUGUAUAAAAUCGUCCCACGUCCGGGAGUGAAUUUGUGCUUUAUUUUCGGAGGAAUAAGGGCCCAGGGGAAAAAGAUUUGCACUUCCCUUGAUUUGCGGACAUUACUCCGCAGGGAUUCAGAAUGACGAAGUGAAGCGGAAACGGUUCGUGUGAGAGUAUGGAUUUUUGUUUCUGCAUUGUGUCUCUGAUGAAAAUCACUGUGGAAGCUAUCGAGUGCAAGAAAUGCUGAAAAUUGCAAUCGGAACUGUUAUUUUUAGCGAAUUGAUCUUCUAACUCUUCACGUGGCGUAUAUAUCGGAGUGUGAAAGUAGGAAACAGUGGAAGACAGAGCAGAGACACUCACCGACCGCCUUCGUCGCCGCAGAGUCCGAAGGAAAGGGGUGGCAAAUGAAUAGUGAAAUCUGGCAAUAAAAGCGUUUCAGCAGUGGCACUUAAUCAUCAUUAUCGUCAUCGAGUUCAAACUUCGGAGAAAAUAGUGAGAGCCAUUAGGCAGCAGCAAUUUUGUGACGAACCGAUACGGGUGAAUUGAGAACUGAUACGAGUUUGUAUGUAACAGUAAAGUGAAGUGAAACCGAAAUAAACAUUGGAACAGCGGAAAAGUGGAAAACCCUGUAGUGAGAGGCUACGCACUCAUUGACACGCAUCGACCGUACUCCCUCUUUGAGAGUUGUGCAAAUUUGUACCCAAGUGCACCGUCUACCGUGCUGUGAACGGAUCGAUUCGAACCAAGCGAGCUGAACGACCGAGCAUCUGCCACUGUCACCGGAGCGCACAUUAGCAAUAAUGGUGAUGCUGUAAAAUACUACGAAAGCUACUAAAUAGACGAUGUCCAACGACGCACUGUGGGUGUCUGACGCCAUGUUGGACUCGCUCAGUAUGCAACUUCGGGACGCCGAAGCUCGUAGAGCAGAAGCAGAACGCGCACAUCAGGAAGCUCUAGUACAGUUAAGAGGUGUAUCAUCCGGCGUCGGUAGGAUAGGCGAUCCAAUCGAAACACUACAAUCCAGAGCACGCGAGCUGGAGAAAAAGGCCGCUCUUGAAACAGUCAGAUGCGAAGAGCUUCAGUUAGAGCUGUCGGCUGCCAUUAAAUCGCGCCCCGGCCGAACACCGGCCAGUUCCAGUUCCGUCGGUGUUGGAGGUCUCAGUAGCACAAUCACAAGCAAUCACACGACGAUGGUCAACAGUAUCGGAAAUUUCGGUAUGAUUGGCAACUCGACAUCGUUGGGAGGAACAUCCUCUGCUCUCAGUGGCAUAGGAGGUGGUGGCAGCGGCGGCGGAGGAGGUGGCUUAGGAGGAGGAGGAGGAGGAGGUGGAGGCAGUACUGUAACGUGGGCUCCCACGCCAACACAGCAGCAAGGAACUGAAAUAGAUAGGAUUAUGGCAAAGAUCGAACAGGACAAUCGUAUAUUGGCCGAGUUAGAGCACCCGCGUACUACUGGACCAAUUAUGUCGUCAACGCUGGGGUCUGGUCUGACGAGCACAAGUCUUAGCCUAUCCCAGCACCAGCCCCACCUCCAAACGACAAGCUUAUCGUCCCAAAUCAACAGCACCGGAGUACUUGGAGGACUAAGUGGACUGACUAGUAGUGGUGUUCCUGCAAGCAUUGGGACCGGUGUUCCCAACUCGAUCGGUCUAAACUCGAUAGGUAUUAGCUCAAUUGGAACCGCUGGGAUAAACUCUAUUACCGGUGGUGUAAGUUCCAUGAAUAUCGCUUCGAUGGGAGUGACUUCUAGUGCCAGUAGCCACGCGUUAACCGAUGGACAGUUCAGUGUGUUGACGUCAUCCACAGGAGCGUCAAACCCCUACUCAACAGCUAAUGUUUCACCACUGCCAAGCCGAGCGAAUCCACUAAGCACUACUUCUAUGCCACCCUUAUGUCAGAGUUCUACUAUGCCCGUCCUGUCGUUACACAACACACAUUCCAUUCCAUCGGGAUCAGCGAGUUACACCCUAGGACUAAGCGUAGCUCCCGUAGCAUCAUCGUACACAUUCCCAACGCAUUCAGCAACCACCGGCGGCCUGGCGAGUGUCCUCGGAACGGUAGGAACGUCCGGCGUAGGCACAACUGGAGUUUCGAGUCUGACCGGUUUGGGCGGCGGACUCGGAACCGGCACAGGAUUAGGAUUAAGCUCGACCAACCCACUGACGAGUUCGUUGGGUACCAAUCUGACGAACUACAACACCAGCACUUCGUACUCGACCUACACGAACCCGCUGUUAACGUCCGGUGGUAUCAGUUCCAAGAUAAAACCGCUUGAUGAGCUGGAUCUGCUAACACGGUAUGCCCAGCGAGGUGGCACCCCCUGUUCACCCAUACCUCCGGCGGGGUGGAACUUGGACAGUUAUCCCGGUAUUGACGGUGUUAAUCCGGCGUUUAUGCAUUCGCAGAAUCGAUCGUUGAUCGGAAUGGAGCUAGACGCACGAACACACGGUUUAACACUGAACGGUACCGGUGAACCGCAAGUGGAUAUGUUAGAUAUACCAGGGAAAGGUAGAUGUUGUGUAUUUAUAGCAAGAUUUUCCUAUGACCCGCCAGAAGUGGAAGGUUCUGAAGGGGAGUUAGCGCUAUGCGCAGGUGAUUAUUUAUUAGUCUGGGGCAACGGUGAACCACAAGGUGGCUAUCUUGAUGCCGAACUGUUAGAUGGUAGAAGGGGCCUAGUGCCCGCGUCCUUCGUGCAAAGAUUAGUAGGUGACGAUUUGUUAGAAUUCCAUCAGGCCGUAGUGUCGACACUGCGGGACGCUGAUGACGCCCCCAUUAUCCUCGAUCCAGCGCCGUUACCAUUGGGCAAUCAACUCGUGCCGCACACAACGGAAGACUUAGCGCGAAUUAGUGAAGCCCAUACCGACGUAGGUCAAGAGUUCGACGACGAAGCCGACACAGCCGAUGCUGAUUUAAUGUUCUCCGUGUUAGUUCCUGCACCGAAACACCUCACCCUGGAGCGGCAGUUGAACAAGAGCGUCCUAAUCGGGUGGACGCCACCGGAUCCACCGGGGUGCAAUCAGAUCGAAAGCUACCACGUGUACGUUGACGGCGUACUGAAAGUGACUGUCAAGGCGACCGAACGCACACGAGCUCUGGUAGAGGGCGUAGACUCCAAUCGACCACAUAGAAUAAGCGUACGUAGUGUAACACAUAAUCGUAGAACCUCUCGCGAUGCUGCCUGCACAAUGAUCAUCGGACGUGAUACCGCACACUUAGGACCAUCGGCAGUAAGAGCCACCAAUAUUACCUGUUCCAGUGCGGUCAUUUCGUGGCUGCCAGCAAACUCCAAUCAUCAGCACGUGGUAUGCGUGAACAACGUUGAAGUACGAACGGUGAAACCUGGUGUCUACCGACAUACGAUAACGGGACUAGCGCCUAGCACACAGUAUCGAGUGACGGUUCGUGCGAAACAUUUACGCGCGGCAGGUCAAACGCAACCCCCUACGGCAGGUCCUCCCCCGGAAGAAGCGCCUGGAGCGUACACCGACUUUAGAACCCUAGCCAAAGGAUUGCCCGAUCCGCCACAGGAAAUUCAAGUCGAAGCUGGACCACAAGACGGCACGCUGCUGGUAACCUGGCAGCCAGUGACGCGACCUCCUUCGUCCGGCCCCGUGACCGGAUACGCCGUGUACGCGGACGGCAAGAAAGUGACUGACGUGGACUCGCCGACCGGCGACCACGCGCUCAUCGAUAUCGGCAAACUGGUCGGACUCAAUCCCCGAGCAGUGACUGUGCGGACCAAGUCCCGUGACUCCCAGUCGGCGGACAGCAACCCAACCAUGAUACCAAAAACAAAUACUGAAAAUGGACUAAACUAUUCAUCAUCAUCACAACAAUCGCAACACAAUCAAGACCAAGUGCGAACAGCCGCUAGGAAUCGAAACCACAGCGGCGCGAUCCAGCCCCAGCCCGGUGGCCCCAUGCGCGGUCGAAUGAUGAACAACCAGCAGAUGAUGAACAACCAGGGCAUGAUGAACAACCAGAUGCAACCGAUGAACCCGAAUCAGGUGAUCGAGCACGACGAGAAUCUCAGCGAUAAGGAGAUCUACCCGGGAUCGAUACACCAGCAGGAACGUGCACAGCGUGACUCGAACAGCAGCGGCAUACCAGCGAUUGAAAUCACUAAAGAAGCCGUCACCGAUGUCACCUAUAUAAGUGACGACAGUGAAUACCAAGAUGGCGCUAGUAGCGGUGGCGGAAGUGGACGGCGCCGUAGCGGCCCUCCGCCACAGCAGCAGCAGGGUUAUCGGAAUCAGAAUAACCAAAGCGGACGGCAAACGAAUCCACAAGGACCAAAUCAACCCUACUACGGUAGCACGAAUCAGCAGCAGAACACGCAACAGCAGGUGCAACAGCAGCAGCAGCAGCAACAGCAACAGCAGCAACAACAACAGCUGCAGCAAAUGAACCGCAAUCCCAAUCAACCCCGACCGAUGAAUCCCAACCAACAGAUGCAAGCUCAAACGCAAAAUCAGCAACGGAUGGGUGGUACAGUGCCUGGGCAACAGAUGACGCCCCAAACGAUGCCACCGUUUCCGGCGCACCUGAUGAACGCGUCCAAAAAGCCACGCUACUUCAUGGCACUGUUCGACUACGAUCCGGCCACGAUGAGUCCGAAUCCGGACGCGUGCGAAGAAGAACUGCCCUUUAACGAGGGCGAUACAAUAAGGGUGUACGGUGAUAAGGACCCCGAUGGUUUCUACUGGGGAGAGCUGCGGGGUCGAAGAGGUUACGUUCCGCACAACAUGGUUCAAGAGAUCGAAGAUGGUGCUCAGGGUGGCGUUGGGCCAUCGGUGCGAAGUAUCAGUAGGGAUCGGUGGGCCGAUAUCUACGCCAAUAUGCCGGUAAAGCGAAUGAUCGCACUGUACGAUUAUGAUCCGCAAGAGCUAAGUCCCAAUGUGGACGCCGAGGUGGAAUUAAGUUUCCAAACCGGCGCCGUCAUACUCGUGUAUGGCGACAUGGACGAAGAUGGUUUCUACAUGGGCGAGCUGGACGGUGUACGAGGUCUGGUGCCGUCGAACUUCCUCACCGAAGCACCGGACCAGUACAGCAAUCAAGGCCCCAACGCUAACAAUCUGGCACAACGCACACUCAACAGUAAUAACAAUCGGGCACGGGGGAUAGGCCCCGGAGUACGAGGACCUCCGCCUCCGCCUCGGGACAACAUGGGCGGCAUGGGUGGCUUAGCACAAAGGGGCCCGCAGCGGAUAGAUGCUCGCCCUUCUUCCCCUACACUGUUAGACAACACGGGCCACCCUGCCCCCGAUCACCAAACGCAGGGGAUGCAGGGGAUAGGAGGGAUGAUCGGUCAAGGGAUAGGGAUCGGUGGUAAUGUUGGCGGAAUGAGUAGCAUGCAGCAGCAAACGCCACUACAACAGCAGCAGCAACAGAUGCGACAACAACAGCAACCAAUGAUGCAGCAACCGAUGAUGCAACAGCAGCAGAUGCAGCAAAACCAGCAACAACAACAGCAACCGACAACCACAGCCUCAUCCGGUGGUGUCUUUUCUACAGCCACGAACCUACUGUCCGGAGCCGCCGGUGCGGCAACCGGUGGUCUGUUCGGCAAGAAGCCGGCCGCACAGACGCAACAACAGCAGCAACCCGGUGGUGGUCCGAUGAACCAACAACCGCAGCAACAGUCAUCCGGUCCAUUUAGUAGUUUAGGCAUGAAUAUGGGCAUGGGCGGCGGCCAGCAACAGCAGCAGCAGCAACAACAGCAACCGGGGCAACCUGGUCAGCAAGGCCAACCAGGUCAGCAACCAGGAGGACCCAACAUAAUGGGUAAAAUCCAAGAAAUGGCAGCACCUGGUGGAGACAUCCUGUCCAAGGGUAAAGAACUAAUAUUUAUGAAAUUUGGCCUUGGUGGUAAAUAACCCCAGGCAUUUAGUUCACAACAUUAUAAUUAUAGUUAUUAUUAUUGGAGCUGUAAUGAACCUAAACUAUAUUGUACAAUAUUAUUGCUAUGAAUUACUCUCAACAUUCCGAAUCCUAAAACGAAAACACAAUACGGGAAGAACAGUAGCAGCAAAAGCGUAUCCGUGAAAGAAAGGAACAAAUAAUAGGCUAGUAAGUUUAAUAAUUAAAACACACAGAAAAGGAACAUAAAUAAGAAAGUUGAUAUCAGAAGCUUUAUGUUCAUGCAAAUAGCGUCGAAAAACUGUUUCAAUUGUAAAUACGACAAAAAAAACGAUUUAUGUUGGUUCGACGAGAUUAAGCCCAUUUAACAUAUUAAAUUUAAUCGAACCAGAAAAAUGAUCACGCACACGUUUUUUCGCGGCAUUUUGACGAAUGUUAGAGUUGGCAUUAAUUCAUGUGUUGCUUUCCUACAUUUAGAGUUUAUUUGUUUUCUUUUUUCUUCUGGUACCCUUCGGAGAUUAACCGUAGUCGUUUCUAUACAAAACUGUUUGACUAGUGUUGUUUUAUUUAUCGUACUUUGGUCUUGUUUGAUGAAUUUCUAGAAAGAGUAAUGGUUAAAAUUAUACAAAGUUGUAGUUAUUACCAGACGUAAACGACAAGUUCUAACAUUAAGAUGAGUGAUCAAAAAACAAAGUGAAUGAAAAGGUGAUAUUUACAUUUAAAGCAAAUCAUUACCCAUAUCAUUCCAUAUAAAUAUUAUUAUAAAUAUAUUAUAUAUAUUUAAAAGAUGAACAAACAUUCAUGCUUCAAAGUGCUGUUCAAAAUUUAGAGUUACAUCUCGCCACAAUCAACUCUUCUCAACUGAUACAUUCAUAAAUCAUCAUUCCAUUGCUAGCGAAUAAAACAAAAAAAACAACAAACAAACAAUAUUGAAUUGAAUCGGCGCGUCUUUAGCACAACAUUAUCUAUUAUCAACAAGUAUCUUUGACUAAAACAAAAAGACAAGCAAACUUACAGAAAUCUAUUGUUAUCUGAUUAUUGCCACCCAACUUGAAUUACGAAGCAAAGAUUAAGAAGGAUAUCAACUUAUCGCAAUGUAAUAAUUUGUUACUAUUUUUGUUCGUAUAUACAAUAAAACGUCGCUAAAGUGUUGUAAUAAAAAAAACUUAACAAAACCUAAUGGAAAUCAUGUAGUUAAAAGAAAUUUAGUGUACCAUAUAAAGAAAUAAAGAAAAGCAGAAAUCACUUCAAUUCUCUAGCAAUUGAUUUGAAGUUACAUUUAAGCAUCGGUUAAAAAGUUAGCGGAUCGACUAGGCGAUGAAAUUAAUAUUGGCUUGUAAAUAACAUAACAGUACCGGAUCGAAGCUGUUGAGAACCGUAGCGAAAAUCUUGUUGGCGCGCGAGUGCUGACCGUUGUUAGCUGAAAAAAAAAUGGCCGAAGCGAUGACAGAAAAACACAAAAAAAUUUCCAGGUGAAAUGUUAAAGAAAAAGACGACCACAAAUGUUUACCCACCAUUAUUAAAUUGAGAAUAUUUAUAGUUAUUAAUCAAUCUUAAAAAUUAAACUACAAGAGAAAAAAAUAAAAAAAAUACCAAAAAAUAACAACAAAUUUUGCAAAGUGUAAAAACAUUGAGAGUUCGUACGACGAGAAUGCGAAUGCUAAAACAAUAAUAUUAACAUUGAAAUUAAAAGAGAACUCGCAACAAUCUUGAACGCUUAGCGAAGACAAAAACCUAAUAGAGUUCAACCCCAAACACAGUCAAAACUAUAGAUAGUAGAAUCUAUAGAUGAGCGAAAGCAUGGCUGAGUCGAUUUUUUUGCCCGUGCACACGCGCAUAUGACGUCACAGCCCUUAACGUUUCCAUUGAAAUCGUGACGUCAUGCUCGUUUGGAGACACGUUUGACAGUUCGUUUGGAGACAGAGGAUUUAUCUUCGCUCAUCUAUAUAUUCCACUAUCUAUAGUCAAAACCAAUCAAACGACAAAGGCACAUACCCACACUGUUAGGACACUCACAAAAGCGAAGAUGCGUUUCCUAGAAGGUGACAGUCCUAAUCGUUUCAAAAAUAAAUUUUCUCAAACGAGCGACAAAAUUGAAACCACGAUUCCCUAAUGUUAUCAAUCUUGUUCGGUAUACUGUCAAUAAAAAGGUAUCAUCUACUAAACGGAAUAGAUUGACUGAAGAGCGUUAUUACCAUUUACAAUGGAAAGCGGUGUGAAAAAGUUCUCAUCUCACAUGUUUAAUGAGCUGUCCUCUCAUUCCAUUCCAAUACACCCAGUUUUUUUUUUACACGGUUUGGUUUUAGUCGUUUAAGACCUUCAGCGUCAGUGAAACAAUUAGUUAACCCCACGAAAAAAAUCAGAAAAAAUCAAAAAAAAUUCAGGGGGUAUUUAAAAAGCUGUGAAAGUUCAGGUUAACCGAGAAAUUAAUUAAUUCCAACCGUGUAAAAAAAAACCUGGGUGUAUAUUUGAUGCCCCGAUGAUCUGGACAAAAUUUCUUCCCAUUCGAUCAACGUUUUGGUGGUGCUAAUAUCGUUGGAAGCUUAUUUGAGAAAAUCUAGGAAGCAAUGUCUAAAUUCUGUAUUUUGACGCUGAUAAUGCUAGCGUUAUCUACGAUUGAAAUCUAUUAGAUCCAUCCAGCUCAUACAAAAUUUAAUACUCACUGGUAGAUAUGUUGGUAGCAGCGAUUGGAUUGGAAGAUUGGAGUGAUUGGAGAAAAAAAACUCAUACCAAAAAUGUAUAUAACUUACUCAGAUAAAUUCUAAUCUUUUCGCUGUUAUAGCAUUAGUUAUACUGUUGUAACAGAGUAUUAAACUCUGAAAGAGCUGGGUGGCGAUUUUUAAAUAUUAUUAAUAUUUUUCCAAACACUCAUCGAUUUGGGUAACAUUUUAUCCAGACUUUAGGUCAUCUAUUAGAAUGGAAAAAGAGGAACAAAUAAUGUGGGACUUAAUAACAAUAUUGUUGAUAAUUUUUAACUUAAGUUUUUAUUCUGUUUCCCUGAAAAAAAAUAUACUGAAAGUACUGGAGACAGUGUUGUAAAAUGGUGAGAGAAUCAGGAAAACAUGGUAUCCUUAAUAACGAGAUGGCCGAUAUUUAGAUUAAAACUCAGAGAGUCCGCACACUCACGAAGUGCACGCGAUCGCCCGAAUCGACCGCGCAAUGAAACUUACAGAACGACGAGAGAAAAGCAUAAGAAUCGUGAAAGACAUUUUCCGCAAUAUUAAAACUUCCCGGAGAAUCUCAUUCUCAUACAGCGUACAAUGAAAGAGCGAGUCCACCUGCUGUACAACACGCCAAGAGAAAGUGAGAACAAAAACUACAUUUCCAGAAGAUAACAAUUCAUGAAGUAUGACGAAGUUUUAGUGCUGAAAUGUUUUUUUUAACUUUGUGUGCCAGGCCAUUACUGAAAAAUUUGGUUAUCUGAUGCGUGACAAUUAUGUUAAAUUUCCACUCUCUUGCAUCAGAUUUAAUAUUAAUUUAAUUUAAUAAUUAACAAAGUUGUGGACAAAUUGAGCAAAUCACAUGCAGAUGACAUUCUACAACACUUGCUGAAGAAUGCAGCAAACAUAUUACUGAAUUCCAACUAAAAAUGUGUUAAAAUCCUAAAACAAUGAGAUUUAUUUUGUAGAAAUUCAGAAACAUAUCGCAAGAUACAUCGGCAUACGUAAGUAUGUUAAAUCAGGAAAGCGAAAACGAAAGACUGCCACCUUCUUGUGAAUAUGUCAUCCCAUGAUUUCACACAUACACCAACACACAUAUGUAAACCAACACUCAUACACAAACACUCCAACAGACAUACUUCCAAACACGUACCACAACACGUGCACCGUUUGCUAAGAUGAGGUGAGGUAAUAUCAAAUCAAACGUAAACUGAAAACGACGGAACAUAGCACCGACGCAGUGACUGGCAAUCGUAAGUAUUUGCUUCAAACUUUUCUCUUAGUUUUGUAAAACGCCUUCGAACUUUCAUAGCAUUUUAAUUCCCAACUAAUUGACUUGAAGCAUAGAUAAAACCGCUAAACAAGACAGAGCCCGCGCAUGAAUUCGGCUUCUCACGCGCGUGCCCCUUCCUUGGAGAAUUAUUUUAAUCGGACUGAUAGGACACCACUGCGAAAAAGAUUGGCUGCCUACACGAAUCAAUGCUGCUGCUGCUUACUUUCAACAGAGUUCAGUUACUACAAUAUCGAUUGCGAUCCGAGCUUCUAACAAACAGAGAUUUUUUAUAAUAUGUAAAGCUUGUCUCGAUUUUUUUUCAUACAGCAUCACUUGGAAAUGCUUACAAUACUGAGGAUGGGGGAUAAGUUUGAAAUUCUCAGCUACACAUGCUUUAUACUUGCAAUGUAUUACUACUUUGACAAAAAGGACGUCUUCUGCAAUCGUUCUACUUCAUCUACUGUGCGUACAUAAUUAGCCAAUUUAGGGGAGAACAGUUCAUAUCGCACCUAUGAGGCAAAAUGGUCCAACUCAUAAAAUUACUCAUACAAUCGGUUGUAGCACAUUUCUUAGAGAGUAGGGAAGAGGCCCCGAAACGACAGCUAAGACGUUACAGCAGUUUAUGCUUAGCUAGUGCAUAUUUCUUCCCUUUCCCCUAUUACUAUCACAAUUUAAUUUUAGCGCCUCAAUGUGUGAAAAUCAACAAUGUGGGUUCUCACUUACCCGUAAGAUUUUAAUUUAAUCAAAUAAGAUUUACAAACAACCAUGCGUUCACCGUUGAUUUCUCAUGCCAAUGUGCCAUUUAGCACCUCCUCUAGUACGUUUCACACCAGGUCCAUUUUAGAAACUAAACGUCAUAAAAACCUGAUUAUUUUGAGUAGGAGAUGAUUGUGAUAUGUAACUAGCUUUAUAAAUUUUGUAUCUACACGGCGUUGGAAUAAUUCUGUAUUUCGGUUCAUAUUAAUUAAUACAUCAAAAAAGCUUGAGGAGGCAUUUUUCACCGUUCUCCCUAGAUAUUUUAGAUCUACAUUUUACAUCGCUCAUUGACUCUUUCCGAACAUUGGGCCAAUUAUUUUACAAAACGAUACUGGUGAUGUGAUGAGUUGGGCUGGUUUUUCUGCUGUUCGACAGAGGCUUCUCGAAAUACCGUCUGGCUGGAAUUUAACAUGAAGUAAUUUUGCAUAUUAAAGUUUCCUACAAGAUCUACAAGUCUUUGGUACAUGUUAAGUAACUAACGCGAAGACGUUUUGCCUAAGAAAAACUAAGAAUUACCUUCAUAGCUGUUAUUUCAAAACUUUGUUCUCACAUGACCAGCGUACUAAUUUGGAAAUGAAUUUUGCCUCCCAUAAUGUACCUUUAUGGAUCAUUUCCUCGAAUAAUAGCACCUAUCAAUAUGGACAGGAUGUCUCACUUCCCAGCUUCGUAUUAGAAAUUCAUGAAUUUUUAGAGCAUAUUGAGACAUUGUCUUCUGUACAUAAAGUUUGCACUCGGGAACAAAAUUCGCCAUAAAUUUCCUAUGUUUAGGAUUUUCUUCAAAAUUUAACAACAAUUUUAUGGUUAGAUUUCGACUUAAUUGCAUAGGUGUUUUAAGAAAUUUUGAUGGGCCAAUUUCUCAAAGUUCUUAUGAUUUCGGAUGAUGUUUUAUUACAGAGCGAGUCUGAUAUCUGCCGCGAGUAGUUUCAAAUCAGGCAAAACUACGAAUUACCAUCAUGACCCAGCUAGAAAGACAUGAGGUGCUUCAGAAACCCCUUGUUAUGAUAGGUUUCCCUUGGAUGAUCCCGAGAUGGACGCCUGGCUCACCUUGCCGCAAUCACAGAUGGCCUUCUUAACCAAGAACGUGUUGCCAAUUUUGUUAUUUGGUGCAUGACUAUUUGGACUAAUUAAAUAAACAAACGCGCCUUCAAAGUCGUCGGAAUGUCGGAAUGAUUUCACCAACCGGGAAAACGUCGAAUGAUGGACAGGUGUUUGUCAACUUAUCUGUGAGGCGCAGUCGGAUUUUCAAUGACGGCAAUUAUGAGUUUUACAAGUAUGUGCUCUUACGAUCUUAUUUCAAUAAUUGGACACUUGACAGAUUGUAAUGCAAUUUUGUCAAAGUAAACAUUGCCAUUAGGUAGAACACUUUUUUCCUAAUGUCCUCUAAAAAAAUAGCUCACAGAGUUGUUCAAGGAAAGCUACUCCAGGCCUUAUCUUAAGGCCCAUCAAAACUGAUUUUCGGCGGCCCCUCAAGGCAUUAUUCAGGGUUUCUUUCGUAAGCCCAUCAAGGCUUCUUUCUGAAUCCCUUCAAGAAUUAUUUCAAAACUACUCAAGGGUACUUCAGAAAAUGCGUCUAUCUCUAUAUACAUUAAAUACCUUUUUCCGGAAUCUCCUAAAGCAGUAUUUUGAGUGCCACUCAAGGCUUCUUUUCACGUUUGGCAGGCUCUCUUUUCCCAGAAGCCAGCUGCUUUCCUGACUGCUCUCAGCGCUUUUUUAGAAUAUCCAAAAGUUUUUCUCAGAAACUCGUCAUUGUGUGUUUCGGUAGACCCUUUAGACGUUUUCCGGGAGGCUCCUAAAGGUUUAUUAAAAAAUCUCUCAAUAUUUUUUUUUCAAAGCUGCUCGAGGCUGCUUUCAAAAGCCCUCCAAAGCUUCUUUCAGAAGCCACACCGGGUUGCAUUUUGAAAAGUAUAUCAUUUUUUUAAAGAAAAGUAUAUCAUUUUUUUUCACAAGCUCUGCAAUGCUUCUUUGACAAGCCCUUCAAAACUUCUUUCGGAAAGCCACAAAGUUCUUCUUCUAGGACCCUCUUAGUGCUUUUUUCGAAACCCUCAGGGAUUUUUGGAAAUCCUUCAAGGCUUCUUUUUGAAGCUCUGCAUAUCUUCUUUCAAAAGCCUUAGGGCUUUUUUCGGUAGGGCCGCAAAGCAUAUUUCCGAAGCAUCACUGGGCAUUUUUUUGGAAGCCCUUCGAGACUUUUUUUUCUCAAGCUUUUUUCGGAAACAUUGAAGGGUCUUUUUUUUUCUAAAGGCUCGGACGGCUUCUUUCAAAGAAGCUUAUCACAGAAGCCCUUCAAGGUUUUUAAGCGGUUUCCGGGAGGUGUCAAAGCUUUGGAAGCCCCUCAAGUUGUAUUUGGAAGCAUCGCCAAUACUCAUUUUGAAUGGCUUUCAAGAAUUAUUUCGAAAGCUUAUCAAGCUUUUUUAGAAAAUUCCUCAUAAGCCUCCUAAAGCUUUAUGCGAAAGACCUUUGUUAUGGCCAUAAUUAUACUUCCAGUUAGUUUCCGUUAAAAUUCCAUCAACUUUAUAACAAUCUAAUUACUCUAGUCUAGUGAAACAUUCACAUAUCUUUGAGUAGAGUUUUCAAUGAUCAACCAAAAAUCUCCCCUUAUUCAGCAGUUUAAGCUAUAGAUUGGAGUUAUCGGAAUUAUGUGAAACCCCUGCCGGUAUAGUGAUGGUUCACUUAUUGGGUAUAGGGUAUAGCUUCGAUCGCUAAUAAGGGCAUUUUGACAAACGUCGAUGUACAACGAAGUUUCCUUACCACUUAGCAUUUAUCGAUCACGCCAUAAGUGAAAAAGAAACAUCAGCGCGCUUUUGACAUUGAGUUUUGUUGUUAGGCUGCUUUUAAUUGGGUUUCAUCACUAUUUCCAAACCACCAACUAAAAAGCGCCCUACGUGUAGAAACCUUAUUAUAAAUUUUCACUGUAGAAGAAAAAAACAUGCCAAAGUCGUCGUUGAACCAAAAUGAAUCAAACUACCUAUGAUUAGUGUCGGGUAUAUUUUUACUUGCUUUUUUUACGCAAACUUAAAUAUUAACGCGGUUUUUUUCACUCGGAUUUUGGGAUUUACGAAUGUCCCGAGCAACUUGUGCUUUUUCUGACCCCGGUGUUUUUUUGUUACUUUUGAUAAAUAUAAAUGAAUUGAAAAAAAGUCACAAAUUGUGGAAAUGUAUGAAAUUCAACACUGCUUUCGAGUCAUAUUUGGCAUAAGAGAGUAAGUCAAAUCACAGUGUUCUAGCUGACGUAGCUGAAUAUUUGAAAUAAGUCCUCCUCCUGGAAAUAUAAAUUAUCUGCUUGUGAUGCGCAACAAAGCCCUAAUUUUUUCAUCGAAUCCUGCUCACCAAAUGGAACAAUUUUCUCAUAUUCUUUUAGAAACCAACGAAUGCAGUAUAGCUUAAAAGAUGACAUCAAUUGAAAACUCCAAGAUUAUGAAAUUGUUUCUCUGUCAAACAUUGUGUUGCAUAUUCCGAAGGACUGUAAGGGUAUAGUAUAUCUAAUAAUUGCUAAAUACGGUAAAACUUCCAACCACCAUUUUGUAUAACUUAUUAGAAGGUAGUGAAAAGUGAAAUUAUUUUGCCUAAUGACAUUAAAAUUAUUAUAUUUUCGUUUUUACAAUCUGAUAAAUUUGAAAACAUGAAUGAAUAAUGGAUGAAUAUUGAAUCAUGGACCAUUUUGUGCAGAGUGAUAGUCCUGGUGGGAGCGUGCCUACAUCUCAUAACAGUGGAUCUGGGUCCAAUCUCAGUCGACGCCGUUGACUUUUUUUAAUAUCUGACUUUCAUCUUAUAGAAAGUAAAGUCGAAAACCUUGGCCCAUGUGUUAAUAGGUACGUUAUGUAGCGUCCAUGUUUGCACUACUGCGAAAUUCAGACGUUAAUCAAUAAUCUAAUCUGAGGUCGUUUUACUCCAAACUCCGCUUGUGAAUCGUAAAUGGCAUUAGCAAUUCGUAUGGUUCUUCAACUUCUGAUCGUAAUUUGAACUCAAACUUGCUUCAUCUUCUCUAAUUGAAAUUCCCCAACAUAGCCGCUUACCGGAUAUCUCGAAAUUCUCAUUAGCUACUUCCUAAAUGUCCAUAUUGGCUACUACUCGCCGUAAUAUACCUUUGUUGGUUCGCACUCCGCCUUCCCGAUCGUUAGAAGGACAGAUGUUUCUUUGGCCUCGUGUGUUGUUGUGUUAUGGAAAAUCCGGUUUUAAAGAAAAGCGUCUGUGCACUCGCUCUUUUGAAUUUUCCUCCGAACAAACCAACCCUGGGUCGUCUGCAUUCCGAGCAUUUUUUUAUUCUUUAUUACCGAGACUUUCAGCCCUGGCUGGCUCGUCUCGAAUUCCGAGCAUAAAUAAAUAUAAAUAACUCGAUGCUGACAGCCAGAACCUGCAAUUGCUGAAUACCAAUUAUUUGAAAAUGUGGUCUUGGCACAGUUUUCAGCGUUACCACCAGAGAAAUUUGAAAUUGCCACUCGAAUCCUUUUUUGUUAACUUUAAAUAUGGAACGAUCUUGAAAUUUAGAACGACGCAACAUAUGCAAGAACUACGGUCAAUAAAUAAAGUUUCGAAUUGAAUGGGUCGUAUUUUUACUAUUAUUUUAAAAUUCAGUUCAAUGCCAAUUUGCGACAAUAUACAGUAGAUUGCUCAAUUGAGCAUUUUAUAGCCACCCACGAUUUGUACAAUCACAUAUGCUAUGCUAUUUUAAAAUUCAGUUCAAUGCUUUUGUGUCAAGUGUCUUGGAAAAAGAUUAUAAUAAAUGUUUCCAAUUUUAGUCUUUAAAAUAUUUUAUUUACAUCUAUUAUGGAUUUUUUUUAAUUGAUUUUCAUAAUUUUUCCAAACUUUUAAAAUACCUUCAAGGCAUUUUAAAUUUGUGAAAUAUGAAGAACAAGAAGUGUUCAGUAUAGGUUUUAAUACAUACCCUGGUACAGAUCAUCAGGCUGAAAUAAUGGAUUCAUUCCCACUUUUUACUUUUUGUAUUACAUCAAACAUUAAAUUAUUAAUUGUUUUGGAUUUCCUUUUUCUUCGGGAACAAUCGUUACUGUCAAAUUCUUUAAUAAUAAUUUUCAUUGAGAAUAUACUAAUCUUGAUUUUUGCGUUUGCGAGUCAGUUCCUGAAGGUAAACUUGAAUAAAUCUAAAGUAUUGCAACGAAACGUUUUUGUACAAUCCAGAGAACCAUAAUCUCAUCCGCAUCAUCACAUUGGAAAGCAAUACAAUAAUUGAAUCACGUGAACAAUCUAGUCCUGAAACAAACAAUACGUAGUGGAACUGAAAUUUGGGAACCAAAACGAAGGAAAUUUUACGGUAUUAUUUUUAUUCCAAACAUUUAUAAUUCGAAAACGAGUCGAGUUGCGUCACCGACGAUACACAGUCAGUGUGACAACGCAGAGUGUCGUCGUUUGUACGAAUCGGCCAAAACUGAACAUCAAGGAAGAGCAAAACAGCAACCAAAUCAAACGCAGCGAGCCAAAUGUAAAUCGUGCAACCAGUUAAAGUUUGAACACUUUUUGCUAUCGAAGAAACCCAAACAAAGCAUAGUCAUGCAAAAAAGAAAGAGAGAGCAAGAUUUAUCCUUUUCCUUAAGUUCAGACUCUCCCAUUAGUCGUUACUUUACACUCUAGAUCGAAUCAACUCGAACAAAGAUCAAUAUAUUGACUUCACCUCAACUUUCUACUGACUUUUCAAAUAAACUUACUUCUAAACUACACAGAAAACUCACACUCGUAAAAAAUACUAACAUUUCUAUCAAACACACGCAAACGUCUGUUAACAGAGUUAAACCAAAAAAGAGAGUACGAUGGAAUCUUUUGAAUAUUAGGAAGGCAAAAGACCGUAGAUAACAUGCGGAGAAAGCAAGUGAAAUAAAAAAGGGUACGACCAGUACACGCAGUAAAGCAAAAAUUGAAAUAAAACAACAGAAUUAUUGUUAUAUUGCUGAAAAAUAAUGAGAAAAUACAAUUGAAGUAAGAUAAAUUCAGUUCGGUGCCUUUUGAAUGUUUGACGCGUGAAUUUUACUUUUCGGUAUUAAUCUCUUCGUCUUUCGCUUUCGUAUCGCAUUCAUAACUGUUUAACAUACGGUGUACUGAAAAAAAGAAAUCAAAAUUUGAAUCUACCCGUCUCGUCUACAUGUUGCUUAUUUCCUACCAACUUUGUACUUACUAGAUAUUGAGUGUUUUCAAUGGACUACCAUCCUACACCCAUGCGAUUCGAACCUAUACGGAAGCUUCUAUCUUCGUAACAACGUGGAUCGAGUCGUUUCUUCCAUAAUUCUCAACUCCAGUUCAACUCGUUAUUUCUUACGAUCACUUUAGGGAUAUUGUUUUUGCGUGUGUCGUUCUGGCACAAGUGUCCCUGAGAUUCCUAGGCCCAGCCCUGACCUCCCAUUUGUAGUUAUUGGAAUCUGAACGCAAUGGUUUUAUUAGACUGGAAGGUAAUGAUGGCAUCCAAUGAUAGCGUGUGGCAACCCCAAACGAAGAUUACAGAAUUUAUGUUUUUGGGGAGAUUUGGUAAAGCUAAAAUGGUACAAGAAGGAUAUGAUUUGGGAGCUAUGCGCAUUUUUUCCCAUAAUAUUUGAUUUGAGGGA